UUGGGAGUCGCGGGCGCUCUUGUCCGAAAGACACUCCUUGCAAGAGAACAUGACUUCCCAGUGAUACAGGAAGAGAGGGAGUCUGGUUCCCAGGGUAGAAGUGGCAACCAGAGUGAGCCAGUUCGUUGAAGAAAAUGAUGGCUGCAGCAAGGAGUCCCCAGGCACACUCAUCCUCAAACAAGGACUCCACACAGGGCCAGAAAUCAGCCAUUCAGGGCAACAGCCCUGACUCUGAGGCCUCCCGCCAGCGCUUCAGGCAGUUCUGCUACCAGGAGGUAGCUGGCCCCCAUGAAGCUUUUAGCAGACUCUGGGAACUCUGUUGUCAGUGGCUGAGGCCUAAGACACACUCCAAAGAGCAAAUCCUGGAGCUGCUGGUUUUGGAGCAAUUUCUGACUAUCUUGCCAGAGGAGAUCCAGACCUGGGUGAGGGAGCAGUGUCCGGAAAACGGUGAGAAAGCUGUGGCUCUGGUUGAGGAUGUACAAAGAGCUCCUGAACAGGUCUCAGGUUCUGAGAAGGACUUGAAAGUGCUCGUGGAGGAGGUGGCCCCUUGGGGAGCAGCCAGAGAGUCACUGAGAUCCCAGUGGAAACAGGCGGUUCAGCCAGAGGAGCGGACUCUGAAGGGAUCACAGAGCUCACAGCAAAGUCCAGGGGAGCAGUCAGAAGCCUGGCUUGCUCCUCAAGUUCCUAGGAAUCUGCCCCAAAAGAAGGGUCUUCGAGCCCAGGAGACAGGUACCAUAGUCUGGACAGCUGGGUCCCAGGGACCAGCCACGUGCAAGGACAGAGCCAUAUCUCUCUGUCAGCAAGAGUGGGUGCACGCUGGCCCUGCACAGAGGGUGCUCCACAGGGGUGCUGCACAGGAGCACGGACAUGUCUCGCUGGCAACAGGUGUGCACUGGGGCUAUGAAGAGACCAAGACACUCCUGGCCAUUCUCAGUAGUUCUCAGUUUUACGGAAAACUCCACACCCAUCAGUGGAACAGCCAGAUCUACAGGGCCAUGGCGGAAAGACUCCGGGAGCAGGGCUUUGUGCGGACCCCAGAGCAGUGUCGCAACAAGUUCAGAAGCCUACAGUCGAGUUACCGAAAAGUGAGGCAAGGCUGUGUGCCUGAGCCUUGCAUCUUCUACGAGGAAACGGAUGCUUUGUCAAGCUCCUGGGCCUCUGUACCUCCUGUGGCAAGUAAUGCUGUUCCUCGCCUAGAGGGAAGUGUCAUCGAGGCUAAAGAGUGGCAUCAGUGGAACGGGGAGCCCACAGAGGUUGUCGAAGAUGGCACUGUGGAUGGUAUAGACAGGGAUGACAAAGACUUUGGGAACCCUGGCCAGGAAGUCAGAAAACUUGACCUGCCUUCCCUGUUCCCAAACAGACUUGGUUUUGAGAGCAAGAAUGGGACUAAAAAAGAAAAUCUAAAAUGGGAUGAUUCAGAGGAAGUAGAAAUGAACAAGACUUUACACAGAAAAUCUAGUGGAGAAGUUUUUUGGCACUCUGAGCUAAAAAAAGUCUGGGAGAGUGAGCCAACGUCAAGAAGGCAAUAUAGAAAUUCUCCAGUGGAGAGUGAGGAAAAACCCCCAUCCCAGGACAAAACAAGUCACCAGAGACUUUAUACUGGAGACAAAGCCUGUACACAUUUCCUCUGUGGGAAAAACUGCUCUGUGCUCUUUCCCCACAAGCCAGCCCACGAAUCGGAAAAAGCUUCUCAGUGUCCUGAAUGUGGAAGAACCUUUAGCCGAGGUUCUUACCUUGUUCGGCAUCAGAGAAUCCACACAGGUGAGAAGCCUCACAAGUGCAGUGAAUGCGGGAAAGGCUUUAGUGAGCGCUCCAACCUCACUGCCCACCUACGAACUCACACAGGGGAGAGGCCCUACCAGUGUGGGCAGUGUGGGAAAAGCUUCAACCAGAGCUCCAGUCUCAUUGUCCACCAGAGGACCCACACGGGGGAGAAGCCUUAUCAGUGCAUUGUUUGUGGAAAGAGAUUCAACAACAGUUCCCAAUUCAGCACUCACCGGCGCAUCCACACUGGGGAGAGCCCCUACCAGUGUGCAGAGUGUGGGAAAAGCUUCAACAACAGCUCCCACUUCAGUGCCCACAGGAAAACCCACACUGGGGAAAAGCCUUACAAGUGUUCUCAAUGUGAGAAAAGCUUUACUAAGAACUCUGCCCUCACCCGCCAUCAGGCAGUACACAUAAAAGAUAACUCUCAUCAUAGGAAGGGAGAGGUGUGUUAUAAAUAUGUAGGAAACCUGAGAGAUCAGUUCCUUAGGUCAAUGUGUAUUCCUUAGAACUUCUUUCUGCUUGUGGCGAGAUCUAGUCAAUCUCUGGCUUAGUAAGUAAACUUACUGAC